AUGGCGCAGAAGCGGAAGAGGAUCGACGUCGUCGAGGACUGCGGCGCCGCCAUGUGCGCCAACGGGUGCGGGUUCUUCGGCAACGUCGCGACCGGCGGCAUGUGCUCCAAGUGCUACCGCGAGCACGCCGCCGGCGCCACGGCGACGGCGUCCACCACCGCUGAGAAGAAGACGCAUCAGGUUGUUUUCGACACGCCGCCGCCAGAGCGGACGGCGGCGCUGGCAGAGAAGAAGGCCAAGAUCGUGUGCGCCGCCGCCGCCGUCGCGUCGUCGACGUCGUCCCCUGACGGAGGCGCCGAUGCAGCCGCGGCCUGGGCACCGUCCACGGAGCCGCAGCCGGUGGGUCCCCCGAAGCCGGCGGCGAACCGGUGCUCGGCGUGCCGCAAGAAGGUGGGCCUGCUGGGGUUCCGGUGCUGCUGCGGGGAAACCUUCUGCGGCGCUCACCGCUACGCGGAGAAGCACGCCUGCGGCUUCGACUACAAAAGCGCCGGCCGCGAGCGGAUCGCCAAGAACAACCCGGUCGUGGUCGCCGACAAGAUCGCCAAGAUUUGA